AUGUAUCAGCAAUCUCAACAAUCACCACCAAACUUAAAUCAACAACAAAAUCAAAUAAAUCAAAAUAAUCAACAACAUCCACAAUAUCAACAACCUAAAACUAAACAGGAAUUGGAAGAACUUUCCAAAAGACAAUUAGAAAAACGGAAACAAGAACAACGAAAGCAUGAUAGUAAUAAUUCAUUAUUACGAAGUAUGAGCUCAUCUGCUUCUAGUGGUGCUGGUAGUGGUUCUGCUGGUGGUGUUGCUUUUGGUACUAAUAGUGCUAUCACUAUGGAAAGGUUUAAUCAAGUUAGACAGAAAUUAACUGAAGUACAAAGAAAGAUUCAAUUAUUAGAACAAAGCAAAAAGGCAGGUAAUGCAACUCAGGAACAAAUUGUAAUUAUAGAUAAAGAAUUAAUUGAAUAUAGAACAAAAUUUCAACAAUUUCAAAAGAUUGGUAUAUAUAUGAGGAAUCAAUUAGUACAUCAAGCAAAACAACAACAACAACAACAACAACAACAACAACAACAAGGGAAUAAUCAAAAUGGUCAAAUUAAAAAUCAAAAUAUGCAGAAUAAUCAACAAAAUAAUCAACAAUCUCAAAAUCAUAAUAUUCAACAUACUCAAUCUCAACCAACACCUCAACAACAACAAAACUUUACUCCAAAUCAGAAUAAUACUCAAAGUCAACCUCAAUUUUCACCUCAAAUGCAACAGCAAUUUUAUAAUCGAACUAAUAUGAACAAUGGUAAUAAUAAUAUAACGAAUAAGCAAAUAUAUAAUUCAAUGACACCCCAACAACAACAACAAUUUAACAAAUUAACUCCUCAGCAACAACAACAAUUUUUCAAUAGAAAUAUAAAUAACUUGUCAAAUAAUAUGUCAAAUAAUGUCCCAAAUAAUGUUUCAAAUAAUGUUCCAAAUAAUGUACCAAAUAAUGUACCACAACAGUAUAAUAAUCAAAUGUUACAACAACAGCAACAACAAUUUAGAGCUAAUAUGCAAAAACAAUACCAACAACAACCAAUCCCACCAUCUUCGGCUCCUACACCAAUGCAACAAAUGAGACAAACUCCACAAAUGAUGCAAAAACAAAUGCCACAAGGUAUGAAUUCACAAGUUACUACUCCAUUUCAAUCACAACCAACCCCAAGUCAACAACAUGCUCAAAUACCGGUCCAACAACAAAGAAAAGUACCAAGUAGACAAGCAUCAGCCACUCCACAAUUUAAUAAUAAUCAACAACAACAACCACCACCACCACCAAUAAUGAAUAGACAAGGAUCAAUUACAUCACCAUAUAAAUCACAACAAACUCCAAUUUCUCAACAACAAUCAGUUCCACCACAAACUGGAACUGCAAGUGGAACACCUGCUUCAAUUCCACCGCCUCCAGGAAGUGCCAAAUCUGGAUCACCUGGAGUUGAAAAUAAAACUCGAUCUCAACAACAUCAAUUACAACAAAGAAGUAAAUCAUCAAUGGCAUUAAAUUUAGCAGGAAUUACAAAACCAAGUGUACCUUCAAUACCAAUAUCAAGUUCCAUAAAUGUUAAACCUCCAACAAUAACUACAUUUAAUCCAAAUACAAAUCCAAGGCCAACUUUGACUGGAGGUGCAGCAAAUUCUUUAAGUGUUUUAUUAGAUACACCAUCUAUUACAAAAUUACCUACAUUUGAUUUAGAAGGUGGUAAAACAUCAGUUGAAAAUGGAGGUAGAAUAAUGAAUAAACGUAAAUUACAUGAUUUAAUAAAUACAAUUGGAAUAGAUGAAGGAGAUGGUAAAACUACAAUUGAUGGAAAUGUAGAAGAAGUUUUAUUAGAUUUAGCUGAUGAUUUUAUUAAUUCAGUUACUAGUUUUGCUUGUAGAUUAGCCAAACAUAGAAAAGUAGAUUGUAUUGAAGCAAAAGAUGUUCAAUUAAAUCUUGAAAAAAAUUGGAAUAUUAAAAUACCAGGAUAUUCAAUGGAUGAAAUUAGAUCAACAAGAAAAUACCAACCAACUCAACUGUAUAAUCAAAAAGUACAAGGUGUAGAGAUUUCAAAAGCUGUAAAUGAAGAUAUAAAUCCUUUAUAA